ACAUUCGAUUUCUCAACCACAUGCAUGUAAUGACCCAUAUAUUUAUAUUAACACACGUUAAUUAACCCGUUAUUUUUAUAUACAGCAGAUGGCACUGUCAACACAGGAAUAAGUUGAAUUUACUUCGUAUAAAUUCUCACAAUCAGAUUUCCUGGUUCAAUUAACAUUAACACUGACUCUAUCACUCAGCUCCAGUUGAAAAACUAGUUGCAUAUUUACAUACAUUUAUAUUAAUGUAGUAAAUUGUAAAUAGAAAGGCCCAGCCUUCUAUGUACAUUUACGAUGAAUAAGGCCACCCCCACAAAACAACUGAUGCAUCUUGAUUUACGUGUAGAUAUCAGUGCGUCUUCAAAAUAAUUUCAUAAAACACCACUAAUUGUCGACACAUUUCAACUUGUCUUUUAUUUCUUCAGUCCAAUUUUUCCUGUCCUACAGUAUUUGAGCGCUCAAACCAGACCAGCGCUCCAACAAUACUGGUAGAGACCAUUCUGGUAUUUGUCGCCCUCUAGUGUAUGGUAAUUGCACUAUAGUAAUGAUGCAGUCCAAAAUUGACCCUGCCGUGCUGAACAGGUACUGUAGACUCACGAUAGAACUCAACGCUGCUAGUAGUUGUAGGCUAUUGAUUAUAAUAUUUCUCCUUACGUAAUAGUGCGUUUACACUGACCAGUUUUACAAUAUUUUAAGCUUUACAUAUUUUUAUUCUCCAAAAUGUACCGGACAUACUCAGUAUUAAUAUGCUAUAAACCACAAGAACGGUUUAAUAAAAAGGGAUGACUUUUACAGUUUAAAGUUUUUAUUUUGUACCAUUACACACUGUUUGCGCAACUACAAUUUAUUCAAAGAUGAAAGGUUUCACAUUUGCGAGGUUCUUUGAAAGCAGCACUCAUCAACGCACAUGCUUUCGUCACUUCCAAAAUGGCAGCGCCCCAUGGCGUGUUGGCCGUGGAGGGAGACGGCGGAGAUUCUGGACCUAUUCUGUCAGAUUCAUCCUCCGAGGAUGUGAAAAGACCUCAGUUCGGCACACGGUUCCUCAGCGACCCUCGACAGGUCUUCCAGCACAAUGCGUGGGACAAUGUGGAGUGGAGCGAUGAACAAGAAGCCGCCGCUAAGAAGAAAGUCCUAGAAAACAGUCAGCCUCUACCUUCAGAGAAACAAGAGGAGUUCGACGGCCGAGCCAACGAGUAUUGGAACGAGUUUUACACGAUCCAUGAGAACCGUUUCUUCAAAGACCGACACUGGCUCUUCACGGAGUUCCCAGAGCUGGCACCACAGCACUGCCUGAACAAUGAAGCUCACCGCAGUGCCUCAGACAUCGGUGACGGACAGCGAGACUCUCUGGACCAAGAACAGAGAAGGAAUGUUGCCUGUGGUGACUUUCCUGGCUCCUCCGCAACGUACCGCGUUCUGGAGGUUGGCUGUGGUGUGGGAAACACAGUUUUCCCAAUACUGAAGACUAACAAUGACCCAGGACUAUUUGUCUACUGCUGUGAUUUCUCCAGCACUGCAGUGGAGCUGGUGAAGACCAAUCCGGAAUACGACCCUGAGCGUUGCUUGGCCUUUGUUCACGACCUGAGUGACGCUGAGGUCGAUUACCCCGUCCCCGACGGAACCCUUGAUGUCAUCGUGUUGAUCUUUGUGCUUUCUGCAUUGCAUCCAAACAAGAUGCAGGCGUCCAUCAGUAGAUUGGCACGACUCUUAAAGCCCGGGGGAGUGAUGCUGCUCAGGGACUACGGACGUUAUGAUAUGGCACAGCUUCGCUUCAAGAAAGGGAGGUGUCUGUCGGAAAACUUCUACGUCCGAGGCGAUGGCACAAGAGUCUAUUUCUUCACCCAAGACGAGCUCCAUGAGCUCUUCGCUGCAGCAGGGCUUCAGAAAGUGCAGAAUCUUGUGGACCGAAGGCUGCAGGUGAACCGAGGAAAACAGCUGACCAUGUACAGAGUGUGGAUCCAGUGCAAGUACAGCAAGGCUCCAGCUCAGCCCUCUGAGGCAGAGGAGAAAACCCACCGUGCUUUGACCCAAACUGGGAGCUGAUUUUCAAGUGAUACUGGUCCUUUCUACCAAGACCACAGAACGGGACGUUGCCUCGCUCUGUUGUUGAGUUGUUGAGAAUGGAGUGCAAAUUGACGGCAACUUAGACAAAUCUGCUCUGAUGUACUGCUGACGGACAGGUUUUAAGGUUCAUCGUCCUGAUGAUUCUGAUUCGUCAUUUUCUGGUGAUCAGUUCAGAGGAAGGGCUGGACACCCUCGGAUAAAUUCAGCCACAGGCUGGUUUUAAUGAUGAAAGUGUUUGGUAUUGAUUUUAAAGAAAGAUAAUCCUUUUGUACUUGAAAAAUCAAUAAAAAUCAACUGAACAGUA